GGUAGGCAAGGCAAGGCAUUCAUCAUCGGGGUUGGGGUGGAGGUGGAGGUGGGCAGGGAGUAGUGGGGUGGGGUGAAGUGAGGUGAAAACAACUGCACUCACUACUACUGCUGCACUGCAGAGCACUAAUACAACUAGGAGGAUCGGGUCGAGGAUUGUUGUGUUUCGUCAUUCUUCGAGGCUGUGGUGGGGCAGCAGGCAAGCUGUACUCGGGUAGGAGUUUGAGAUCUUUGAUUCGCAGCGGUUACAGAUCAAUCGUCAUGGGGAACAGUGGGUCGUCGUCGUCGUCAUCGAGUUUUAAUAACGAUCCUCGACGGGUGUCUCGGUCUAGGGGUUACGAGGGUUCCUCAUCGCAAGCGUACGGUGGUUAUUCGCAUCCGUCUUCCUCUCGUUAUGGGGAUGCGUAUGAGGAGCCGCCCAGUGAGCCACCGUACGUCCCACGUCCAGUACCGAAGAAGCCCUUGAAGCGUGAAUUCUCGUUUAUUAGGGACAAUUAUUCGUCUGUGGAAGAGGUGCAGAAUGCCCUUGGUCAAGCUGGGAUGGAAUCUUCCAAUCUCAUUGUGGGCAUUGAUUUUACGAAGAGUAAUGAAUGGACAGGGAAGAAUUCUUAUGGUGGUCGGAGCUUGCACGCUAUCGGAGGCGAGCCGAACCCUUACGAGAAAGCCCUCAGCAUUAUUGGUCGAACGUUGCCAAAAUUCGAUGAUGAUAACCUCAUUCCAUGCUUUGGAUUUGGUGAUUCCACGACUCAUGACAAGUAUGUCUUCAGCUUUAAUGCCGACCACCGCCCUUGUGAAGGAUUCGAGGAAGUUUUCUCCCGGUACCGAACUAUUGUGCCGCACCUCCGUCUCGCUGGACCCACUUCGUUUGCGCCCAUCAUCAACGCCGCGAUUGAUAUCGUUGAGGAAAGCGGCGGACAGUACCAUCUUCUCAUCAUCAUCGCAGAUGGGCAGGUAACAAGGAGCGUGGACGUAGCAUACGGUCAGCAGAGUCCUCAAGAGGCAGCAACUAUUCGAGCCAUCGUCAAUGCCAGCUCCUACCCUUUGUCCAUCGUGCUUGUAGGCGUGGGGGAUGGACCUUGGGACAUGAUGCGUGAGUUCGACGACAACUUGCCAGAACGCAGCUUCGACAACUUUCAGUUCGUCAACUUCACCGAGAUCAUGAACUCCAGAAACCUCAACGCCCACCAAAAAGAGGCUAAGUUUGCACUCAACGCACUGAUGGAAAUUCCUCUCCAAUACAGAGCAACAUUGGAACUUUCCAUGCUUGGCAAUCAAGUUGGCACAUCCCCUGGAAUCAAGCCGUUGCCUCCCCCUCCCAAGGUGCUGCAGAACGAUGGCAUCUAUCCUGGUGGCAAUUCUCGACAACCACAACAACCAACUCACAAAAAUGGCUACCCAAACUACAAUCAUGGACAUUAUUCUGGUGGAGCUGCAGGAGGUCCACCACCGUCUUCUACCAGAGACUAUCACCCGCAUUCACCACACCACAGCUUCGACUCUUACCCCAGCUUCAACAAUCACAACUAUUCUACUCAACCUUCUGCUCCCGCCUCGUCAGUGGACGGUUCCAACAUGGACUGCCCGGUUUGCCUCACAGACAGGAAGGACAUGGCCUUCAAUUGUGGGCAUCAGACAUGCCGGCAGUGUGGUGUGGGUCUACUCAAUUGUCCUAUGUGCAGGCAACUGAUCACCACCAGGAUACAUCUCUACUGAAUGGACUAUGAGAUAGCAUGAUCUCCCUUGUAAAUGAACCAGGUGCACUUGUCGAUCAAGCCGGAUUGAUCGACUUAGUCAAGGUGCUGUGUGAUUUCGCCACCAUCAGGUUGAGAUUAGUAAUCCAAUCGAAUCUUUUUAUUAAGUUGCUGUGAGGGAUGUGGAGUCCUUCCGGGCAGCAGCAGGGGCAGAUGCUGGAGAUAGCCAGUUGGUAUUGUACAGUGUGUAUUCCUGAAUUCAUACCAGACUCUGAAUACGGUGAUCUCUGAGAUUGUGAUACAGUUCCAAAUACUGCAAAUGUUCUGUUCCUCAUUAGUGUCCAAGAAUGAGUGUUGUUUGUUAUGGACUUGUUUCGUAUAUGAAACAGACGUCAUCAUUUCUUUUAGCAUUUUAGGAACUAUUUGUUUAUUUAUGAAGAACAAUAUGUUUCUAGUUCUAAGAGCCGAAGAGGUUUUAGUGGUGUUCUUCAUUAGGAGGGUUGGGGCCUAUAAAUGGGAUUCAAAUCAUUGAUCUCAUUUGGUGGAGCUAUUUGCCAUUUUUUUGAUAGUUUAAGUUUAUUGUUGCCUAAUAUUGUAAGACUUUUAUUUGUAUUUAAGAUUAGUUUUUAGUUGGAUACUAA